AUGGCCGCCGCAAAGCCUCGCCCGUACCGGCGCAUCUUGACGUCUGCGCUGCACCGGAGAUUUGUCCAUGCUUCGGCCCUCUCAAUACUCGUCUGCUAUUUAAUAUCCAUUUUUAUCGGCGACAAAUCGUCGUUCUUUUGGGCCAUUUUCCCAAUUGGAGGUUGCGGUAUUCGUACCGUCCUUCUCUUCAUAUCCUCCCUUUCUGUAUUCGUCCUACGGGUUGGUCAGAUGCACAUUGGCUCGAGAACGACCGGCUCCGCGAUACAUACUUUCAAGCACCUUUUCCCACUCCAUGUUCUUCAGACGUUCGCCUGGUAUCUCUUCUCUGCAUGGUGGUUCAGUGAGAUAUACAAGUGGUCCGCCUCUACUAGCGCGCAUCUAGAAUGGAUAAAACGGGGCAGUCCUCAUGAGCGAGCAAGUCUCAACGAACGACCUAUCUAUGUCUAUACGUAUCACCUACUCUUAGCGAUUGCGCAGUCGGUAGCUCACCUCUACCUCGACUAUGAUCGUGUGCCCAUUCCUCUCACAGAGCAAGCUGCUGGCCCGGAUCAGAAGACACAUCCGACAGAAACGGUUUCAAAGCGUAUCCAGGCGGAGCUGCCGCGACUUCUUAGGGAUGGGCUUCUAAGGAGCGCCACUGUGGCCAUGGUGUGCCCAGUUGUAUACACCUUCUUCCUCAGACGGCGAGCAUGGAGCUACGCUAUGUCCUUUGCCAAAUUAUUCUGGGACUUCCCCAGGUCCGCGGCCGACCCACCAGGAUUAAUUCCUCCUGUUAAUCCCCUCCUGAUUACUCGGACCUUGUUCUCUGGCGGACUAUUAGUGCUCCUCUGGCAGACCACUAACUUGUUCUUCUCUAUUUUCCUCAGCAAGGAGCCUUUGAAACGGGGCCAACCCUUGACCGCAGAGGUCAAAGAUCCGAACGGCAGUCUGUUAAAUGGAUUAAAGGCCAAGAAGGAAACUGUCCGCUCAUUCGCGUUCUGGGAGCUAUUUUUCAUCAGCCAUCAGUUCCCCGACCGCCGAAGGGCGAUUUUUAAUGACAUCGAACGCGAAGGUGGAUCUGCCUGGACUCAAAUUUUGGAAGCCUCCACAGAGGUGAUCAAAGCCAUCUCGACUCGUAUCGCUGAGAGCAAACCACCAUCUUCAAACCCCAAGCCGUCUUUGACUAAGAAAGAGGAGCCGGUCCUCCACACUUUACCCCGAUUGACUGACUCCCCAAAGGCGGACAACAUAUUCGCUUCUUCCCCUAAACCCACCACCACACAAGGAAAACUCGGAGAAGGAUUCAGCAAGACUCUACGAUCCCUCGGCGAGUCGCCAGACUGGACACCUAAAGCCCGGGCCCGAGCCCGCGACGCCUUCGACCGCGCCUCCUCAAUAGUCCUCAGCCCCGAACGCAAGCAGCGCCUUCUGGGCUCCCAGGAUCUCAAGCUCCUAACCGGCGCCUCACCCACGAAACCCGAGAACCUCCACCCGCUCAUCACCCGCCUCCUGCGCUCCCCAGCAGGCCAUUUCCUCCGCCAAACCUACGCCCGCCGCCUAAGCGGCAUUGUCCUCGGCACACCAACCUCCAGCCUCUCCUCAAUCAUCGAUUCCAUCGAAUCCCUCACCCGGCUCCUCAUCGCAAGCCUCCAGGAAGACCCCUACGGCAAAGUCCAAGCCGACGUCCCUGGUGUCGUGCGUCUGUUUACAGAAACAGCCACGACGCUCGGGAAAUUCGCUCACGGGGAGCUAGAAGUCCACUGGACGGAUGCAAACUUCCCGCCAUCGAGUAACCCCGCUGCCCAAGCGGAAGCUCGUCGUGUUCCCGAUGUGGAGCUUGUCAUUGAUACGCUCAAGGGGUCUCUCAAGAGUCUUUUGUCUGCAUUCAAGCCAUAUCUGAAGGAUAUUGGUCUGGUCGGGAAGGAUUUGCGGUUGGCGAAGGAGGUAGCCGGUGUCGUUGAAGAGUAA